AUGAAGUUCCUAGUGCAUGCUACUGCAGCAGCAGCUGCUGUAGGCGUAGCAGUGGCUGCAUCUGUUGCUGCAGCGGGGAGUCCAGAAGGAUCUCUGGCAGCUCUGCAGCUGUCUGAGGCAGCAGCUGCAGCGGCAGCAGCAGCAGCAACGGCAGCAGUAGCAGAGGAGGAGGACGCGCUUUUCCCCGAGGCCAAUUGCCCUUCUUACCCGAAUGCAGAUUCCGAAUUUGAAAAGGCGGUGUCGGUGGGGCGCCUCGAGGAGCUCUUUCGUCGGCUGCCGCCUGGGGGCUCUUACAGAGGCAUUCCUUUGAACAGCAGCAGCAGCAGCGGGGAGACAGCAGCAGCACUUGUGCACAAACACAUUGCCUGCGCUUUGGCGCAGCACGAGGACUUCAACGGGGUUUUCGGCGGGGGAGGCAGAAGUCCUGUGGGCAAGGCACUUUUCACGGGUCUCCAGGAAUUUGCUGCUUUUAUUUCGUAUGCUCUUUUUCGGACAAACUUCUUCAGGACAUUUAAAGAAGACACUCCUCUCAGACACUGCGAGCAAACAGCAGAGGCCCCCUGCGCCGAGGGUGCCUCUUAUGCGGCAAGAGGGCCUUUUGGGCUGCAGGGCAGUGCUGCGUACGCGGCCUUUGGAGAGUUUGCUGUAUCUGACAGCAGCAAACUGCUGACACAGCCAGACCUUUUGGGAAGACAAGAUGUAGCUGAUUGGGUCUCCGCGUUGUGGCUGUGGACAAGAGACCGAGGCUACGGCGAGGAGUGCGCGCGGUGGCCUCUGGGACGCGGCCUGACCUCACCCCACAAGGCUUUGCAGUCUUGGGACUUUUCAAUUGUGGGGUCUGAGGUGUCUCCGCUGCUGCAGGCAGCAGUUGACUACCCCACAGAUGCUGCUUCUCUUGCUGCAGCAGCAAACCCGUUCGGGGGCCUCGGCCUGGCGCUCUCGCUGCUGCUGGGAGAAGCUGCCUGCUGCCCUGCUGCUGUUGGGGACUUGAGAAGGUCCCAACAGGACUUAAAUAACUUCCCGCGGCAGCAGCCAGUAAGCGUUCACCAGCCAGGAAGCACGGCCGGUGACGCCGCGGGCCAGCAGCAGCAGCUGCAGCAGCAGCAGCAGCAGCAGCAGCCGGCAAGCCUCCCGCCUCCAACGCAGCAGCAGCAGACGAUGGCGCUUUUCGACUCUAUUAUGUCGGGCCGGGGGCCUGUGAUGCUGCAGCAAAAGCAAGCAGCAGCAGCAGCAGCAGGAGCAGCAGCAGCGAGCUUGGGGCAGCCGAUCUUUGGAGCAGCAGCAGCAGCAGAAAGGCCCCUCUCAGUGCUUUCUGGGGCUCGUAUUUUGCUGCCUCCCAACGGGCCCCGGGGAAACGCUUAUCCUUUGCCAGUUUCUUCUCCGCUGCUGGCAGCACAGUUUGAAGGUCUUUAUUUAUCAGUUUUGUCGCUGCUGCUGCCUCCGCGGCCUUUUGCUGCAGCAGACACGAGCAGCAGCGCGGAAGCAGCAGCAGCACCAGACGAGGCCCUCGCCGUGCCAGAUCCGCUGCAGCCGCAGGCGCUGCUGCCGCUGCCUGGGGCGGUGGACUGCAGUGCAGCAGCACUGCAGCAGCAGCAGCAGCAAGGAGACGGCGACGCGCCAGAAGCAGCAGCAGCAGCAGCAUACCAACUCUUUUGCCACUCGCUCGUAAGAGGCUGCCCCGCCAUCAGCAGCUGGGGAGCAGCGGCAGCAGCAGCACAAGGGGACCCAAAAGAAGAAACAGAAGAAGCAAAAAGACAAAGAGCCGCAGACACAACAGACUGCAGCUUUGGCUGCUACGCAGCACAAGACGCUCAGCAAGUGCUUUCCGGGAGGCAGUCUGCUGCUGCUGCUGCUGCUGCUGCUGCUGCUGCUGCUGCAGCACCUGCUGAGGGGGUUCUCCAGCAGUCAAGCAGCUACAUAAGCAAAAAGGGCAUUGGAUGUGCUUUCUUUUGUCAGUAG